UGGAUGGAGUGCUUGACUGCUCCCCAUCGGGGAUAAUUUGUCAUGGAACUAUGCGUCAAUUGGUGGUGCUUGAUGCCAGUGACUUCGUAUCAUCAGAGAAGGAAAAUGUUUCCAUGAAGAUCCUCACUAUCUUUGCAAAGGCUCACAAAGAAAAAGUUCUUGGUGUUUCACUAGUGAAGAAGCCAAUUGUUGAUUCUGUUGUCUCUUGUGAUGAAAACUGUGUUAAAUUGUGGAGUAUAACAGAUAGGAAGGAGGUCUCUUCUCACUCGUUUCACCGGGAAGAAGGGAAGAAGGUAACCUGUGUUGAUUGGUCACUUUUGGAUGUCUCUAUUGUUCUGUCUGGAGAUGAUGGAGGUGGAAUAGUUGUCUGGAAUGUUGUCUCCAACUCAGCACGGUAUUUGAAGCUCUUCAACAAAAGUAUAAUCAAUGUCAAAUGUAGCCCUCAACAAAAAAUAGCAGCUAUAUCUAUGAAAACUGGUGUCAUGCAGAUCUUCUCCUAUGAAAAGAAAGGGAAAAUUCUGCAGCGGCUGAAUCACCGUGAUGAAGUGACAAGCUUCACCUGGAUGCCAAUGGCAGAUGAAGACAGUAAAGCAAAAGAUGCUGGUCUUUGUCUCUGUUCUUGCACAUCUAAUAAGGUGCUGUAUGUGUGGGGUGCUAAAGGAGGACACCAAGAGGGAUUUCAUCAUAUCCCUGCUGCAAGCCAGGGAGAUAAGACAAGCAAAUCCUGCCAUUGCACCAUCCGAUCUGUGGACAGCAACCGGGUCAUUCACCGACUAGAAGUAUUCAACAUUGCCAUUAUGGGGAAUGCCAUCUUUACUGUCUCAAAAGAUAGAAAUCUCAUACAGUGGGAUAUAGAAAAGUUGGAGUCAAAAAUGAUGAUCCCAACAUGUGGUGGCUGGAUCUAUGACAUCUCUGUUUCUCCAACUGACCCCAGCAGAAUAGCAUUUGCCUGUGGUGACCAAACUGCAAAGGUGUGGAAAUCCAAGACUCAGUAUCAGCUGGAUUUUACAACCUUGUAUCAAGGAUUACGAUCCAAAGUGACCUGUGUUUCCUGGCACCCAAGAAAGGAGUAUCAGUUGGCUAUUGGCACAGAGGAUGGUCGUGUGGGUGUAUUUGAUGUGUUCAAUAUGAAGCCACCUAUUCUUUCAAAAAGCACUCAUCGGAAGAUUGUCUACAGCUUACUGUGGGCUCCAAGUACAUACACCAAUGGGGAGAAUCCUCCCAAGGAAGAGUAUUUGUUGUACAGUGUUGGCGAUUCCAUCAUCUAUCAACAUUCAGGUGACAUGGAAACAAGAGGGAGAAACCUUCAAGAGGUAAUAGAUGCUGCUAUGGGGAGUGGGCCUGUUCCUGCUCGAUCAGACAUAACAUGGAAAGAAGGCUCCUCUAUUCUCACCAUUGGCAAUGAAGACGGGACCAUUGAAAUGUUCUCUAUGCCUCACUUAGUCAGGCUGACAACAAUCUACUCCUGCAAGAGAAUGAUAGUGGACCUUCAUUUUCAUCCUACUUACUCUCUAUCUUCUGAUUUACCAUCAAAAUACUCUGGUUGGCUUGCUGUUGCAUCUAGUGAACCUACCAUCCAUAUCAUUGACUGCACUACUGUUUUUGAAGGAGGCAGAGAAGGUGGAAAAGAUUUGGUGCACCUUGAGGGCCACACAACAAGGGUGAUCAAAGUGCGGUGGAGCCCUCACAUAGAAGGACAGCUUCUGUCCAUCUCCUUUGAUGGCACUGCAAGGAGGAAGAGGACUGAGGAGAGGGACGAAGUUCUGGUCGUCCUUCACGUCCUGCGGACGGCACGUUUCUAACUAUUCCACACGGAGCGGACACAUGUGCGGAACUUGAAGGUGCUUGAUCGAGUGUUUUGCCGUCCCAUGAAGGAGAGUGGGAUUCUUGCAGAGGAUCAAAUUACUCUUCUGUUUUCAAACCUGGAUGAAAUGAUUGAGAUACAUGGCAGUUUCAAUGAGAAACUAAAGCGCUUGCGCAAGGAGAAUCCAGUCAUUGGGGAAGUGGGCGAUAUCUUGCUUGAAAUGUUUGAUGGUGAGAAAGGAGAGAGCUUGGCUCAGGCAGCAGCCAAGUUCUGUCAGUGCCAAUCUAUUGCCUUGGCAAACCUGCGAGCAAAGCAGAAAUCAGAGCACAAGCUGUCACGCUUCCUUGAAGCAGCUGAAAGCACUCCCCUCUGCCGUCGGCUUCAGCUGAAGGACAUCAUCCCGACUGGGAUGCAGCGUCUCACUAAGUAUCGCCUCCUCCUUGAGAACGUGGCCAAAUACACAGAUCGAGACAGCGAGGAGUACAAGAAGCUUCAGAGGACUAUCAUCAGGAGCCGUGAGGUCCUCAACUAUGUAAAUCGAGCCAAGGAAGAAACAGAGAACUAUCAGAGGCUCCUAGAGAUCCAGAGGAGGCUGGAUAAAUCUGCCUUUGACAAGGUGGAUCAUCCAAUUGCUGCUGAGUACAAGGUGAGGGACUAG